AUAUCUCUCUUGAAAUAUUUUUUUGGUUGCAGAAAGAAAGAAAAUGGGGAGGGAGUUGUUCCUGGGACUUCUUGUGGCUUUGGUGGUGGGAAUUGGUGGCUGUAGUAGAGCUUAUGGUGAAGUUUCUCAAGUUACCAUGACAAAGAUUGGUAGAGUAAAUGAGGAGGGUCCAUACUUAGGUAUUGUAGUGCCAAAUGCCUUUGAGAUGAACCCACUUCUCCAGUCCCCAAGUUUUAUGGCUGAUACUGAGCUUCCUUACUUGGACUUCUCAGGGAGAAGAUUUAGGAUUGGAGAAGUGGAAACUGUGAAGGUGAUAAUUGUCAUGACUGGAUUAAGCAUGUUAAAUGCAGGUGUAACCACACAAUUACUGCUAAGUCUGUUCAAGGUGAGUGGUGUUGUCCACUAUGGAAUUGCAGGAAAUGCAAAUCCUUCACUCCAAAUUGGAGAUGUAACUAUCCCUCAAUACUGGGCUCACACUGGCCUCUGGAGUUGGCAGAGGUAUGGAGACGGGUCUAAUGACGAACUCCCCUUAGAAUCUAAUGGAGACUACACCAGGAAAUUUGGUUUUCUUGAAUUUUCUGAUUACAACAACAAAACUCAUGCAAAAAAUGGGAAAUCAGUCGAAAACCUUUUAAACAGAGUCUGGUUCCAACCAGAAGAGACUUUUCCAGUAAAUGGAAUUCCUGAAGUUAGGCAGCACGCCUAUUGGGUUCCUGUAGACAAGCAUUACUUCCAAGUUGCAAAGAAAGUUCAGGAUUUGAAGUUAAGGGGAUGCGUGAAUUCGACUUGCUUACCAAGAACACCUAUGGUGGUGAGAGUCAAAAGGGGUAUUAGUGCUAAUGUUUUCGUGGACAACGGUGCCUAUAGAGGGUUCCUCAACUCCAAAUUCAAUGCAACUCCAAUUGACAUGGAGAGUGCAGCAGUAGCCCUAGUGUGUAACCAGCAGCAGAAGCCUUUCAUUGCUAUCAGAGCUUUGUCAGAUUUAGCAGGUGGGGGUUCUGCUCUUUCCAAUGAAGCUGACAUCUUUUCCUCCUUGGCUGCUCAAAAUGCUGUCGAUGCUUUACUUAAAUUCAUUUCCUUGUUGUUUGCUUAAUUGCUUAUCUCAUCAUACAACACUUUGUACUCGAUUCUUCAUUUGAUAUUUUAAUAUUAUCUGUAAGCAACUUGUAAUACCAAAUCAAAUUAUAUGAAUUUGUCAUACAAGUAAUUAGAUUCGAA